UUAGUUGCGGCGUUCGCACAUUAAAUCUAUUGAAUGCUUUUAGCGUAUCUUGUGUCGUGUGUGUCUAUGUGUCGUAUUGUCAUCGGUGUUUUCUGUGUUCAAAUAUUCGCAAUCGUUUGCUAAACACAUAUCAAGUUAGCCGUCAUAUUCCAUCAACGAAUCCAGAGUAAUUGUUGUCAUCUUUAAAAUAGAAAUGUCGUACAAUCGUAGAAGUGGUGGUGGCUAUGGAGGAAACAGUGGUAACUUCGGUAGUGGCUAUGGUCAAGGCAAUAAUAGUUAUGGAGGCAGCAAUAAUUAUGGUGGAAACAAUAACUACAAUGGAGGAGGAGGAGGAGGAGGAGCCAGUGGUCGAUACAGCAACUAUAAUACCUACAAUAGAAAUCCUAAAAUGAGCCCAUGGGAAUCGGGAGUUUCUCCUGGUGGAAAUAUGAUGCCUAAUGUUCAUCCUACUCAAAUGGCAAUAGCUAGUGAUUUGUUAUCGAAAAUUUUUGCUAAUGAUCAUCAGAGUGGAUAUGGAAAUAGUCAAAGUUGGAAUCAAAGUCCAGGAAUGAUGAGAAGACAAGAUUCUUAUAAGAACCAAAACCGGCGCAGGCCUGAUAAUCGCAAUCGUAGACCUCCUCCAAAAAAGGACGAUAAGAAAAAGGAUUCUAAACCUGAAGCGGAUAAAAAUGAUAAGAGUGGUGAAAAUGUUGAAGGAACCAAAAAAGAUUCGACUGAAAAGGAACAUGUUGAUUAUGAUGGUAUACCGACUGCUGUUUUGUUUUGUCAUGUUUGUCAAAAGCAUAUGUGGGAUGGUGCUUCUUUUGAAAAACAUGUUCGUGGUCGUCCUCAUGAGUUAAUGAUGACUUAUUUGGAUGAAGGCUACAAAAUGCAAGUUGAACUCAUGCGCCAUCAAAUUAAGGCGGCUGAAAAUCAGCGAGAAAUUGAUUUGGAACGAAUGCAAGCUCAGAACAAAGGCAAAGCAAAGCCUUUGUUCCGCAAUUACUGCCCUAUGUGCAAUAUAAAUUUCUAUGGUCCUUUGACUGGCCAUCGUAAAAGUGACCGGCAUCGUAAAUUAAAACAAUUCUUACAUCCAGAAUGUAAAAUGUGUGAUACAUUAUUCCAUACGCGUUUGGAAUGGGAUGACCAUAAAUUAUCUGCUGACCAUUUGCGUAAGGUAGGUGAACAACGACGCCAACACAAUCCCGAUCUGAAAGACGAUGAAUUUGAAUUACUUGACGUAAUUCAAAUUGAAGAUGAUGAGCAGGCUGAAGAAAUUCCAGUAGCCUCUAAAACCGAUAUGAUUGAUGAUCAAGAAAUAAAAGAAGAAAAUGAUGAUGAACCAAGUGAAAAAAAUAACAUGUCCACUGAUAAUGUUGAAGCUGAAGCUGUUGAUGGCGAGAAUGAUAAGGAAAAAGAAGAUGACACUAAUGAAAAUGCUAAGGAUGAUGAAUUGGAAAAUAAAAAAGAAAAAGAUGAAAAAUAUAAUCCAGCAAAUGUUGUUGGUCGCGAACUAGUGGUGAAAACCGGAGGAUUUGUUUGCCGUAUUUGUUCUGUAUUUAUGAAAGACGAUGAAGAAGCCAAUUUACAUUGUCAAACAGCAUCACAUUAUAUUAACUUUACUACAAUUACAAAACUGCAUGCUAAAAUUAAUAACCGAAAACGCAAAAUGAAAGAUGACAACAAAAAGGAAACUGAAAAUGGAGAUGCACAAGCUGAAGCUGAAAUUGAAAAUGAACACGUUGAUAAACGACCACGUUUAGAGGAAAAUGGAGAUGACAAAACUAUCACUGAACAGAAUGGCACUGAUGAAGUAGACGAUGAUGUUGUGGAGAUUAAAAGUUCGGUGCCUGUGGUUGAAGUUCUAGAUGAUGAUACCAAUAAUGAUGUUACCAAUAAUGAUAAUACUGCUGUUGAACAGGCAGCUACAGAACCAGAAGCACAGCCUGAAACUGAACCCGAGCCAGUAAAAGAAGCCGAACCAGCCCCUUCACCGGUUAAGACAACACCAACGCGUGGUGGACGAGGAGGACGUGGGCGUGGUGUUGCCAGGCGAGGACGUUCCAGCCGCUGAAUAAUCUACUUAGUAGUUAUGAAUGAAUAAAUAAGUCUCAAAUAAUAUACUAAUUAUAUUACCUCAACUGACUUUCCCUCUAUUUUAUUCAUUCAUAAAUAUUUGUAUUUAAAAUACUGUUUAAGUUGACCAUCAUAUUUAACAUUAUUUUUGACUUAUUUACAUUAACUUCAUUAAAAAAAAAAAAAUGCUAACAGUGUUUACAAGAAGCUUUCAUUUUGUAUAAAUAAAAUGUAAGAUUUUGUCUUAAACUUAUUGUUAGCCAACUAAUUAUACAAUUCUAGUUGACGAUUAGAAUAUUUUUUUUUAUUUGUGUAUUGUAGUUAUAUUUUUAAUAUUUCAUAACUAAACAUUUAUGUUUUAUUUAUCUUAAUUGGCGUUAUUUUGGUUUUUUUUUUUUUGUAAGAAAUAUACUUUGUGUGUAGUGUAUUAGGUAAAUUAAUAACUACGGUUACAGUAUAUAUUAGUUCAUAAUAGUUAUAUAACAAAUACUUAGUAUUAUAGCAUCAUAGAAACAAA